AUGGAAGAAGGAGUAACAAGUGAGGCAAGAAGGAUGGCUUGGCGAUCACAUGGGAAAGAUAAUGCUGAUAUGGUUGCAAAACUCCAAAGCAAUGGCAUAAUCCGGGAUGAGCGUAUAGUGAAGGCAAUGCUUGCUGUUGAUCGCAAACAUUACUCCAAAUACAAUCCAUACAUCGACUCUCCUCAAGGUAUGUUCUUGAUG